AUGCCGACCUUAGACAUGGAACAGUGUGCAGGAUGUCAACACCCGAUAGAGGACAGAUUUUUACUGAAGGUUCAGGAUCAUUUUUGGCACGAAACGUGUCUACUUUGCGCCAUAUGUCGACUUCCUCUCUCUGGAUCGUGCUUUGUCAAGGACCAGCAACUUUACUGUAAACAGGACUACGAUAAGCUGUUCCGGGGGCGCUGUAAUGGGUGUGGCUACAACAUCUCAUCGGAGGAGUUGGUAAUGAAGGCGUUAGGCAGCGUAUACCACCUCCACUGCUUUCGGUGUAUAGAAUGUCGACAGAUCUUACAACGAGGGGACCAAUUCGUCAUCAAAGAUGGUCAGCUCUUCUGUCGAUUUGACUUCGACAAAGAGUUCAGUGUCCUAUCAUACAGUCCUAAAGAUGCGAUGGAUGACGACAGCGAUAGUUAUGAAGACAUGGAUACCGACAAUGAGAGACAUACAAAGCGGCCACGGACGAUACUGACGACGAGUCAACGUCGCAAGUUCAAGGCCGCAUUCGAGAUUAACCCAAAACCUUGUAGAAAGAUACGAGAACAACUAGCUGCUGAGGCUGGACUUACUGUGAGGGUUGUUCAGGUGUGGUUUCAGAACCAGCGAGCUAAGGUGAAAAAAAUGUCACGACGACAAAGCCCGGACUCGUGCAGUAAAGAGCGGAAACGGAAGGGGAAGAACUCUGAUAUAGAUCAAGAUCGAUUUCCGGUCCAAGAGGGCGAUGAGAACAGAAAAAUGUUUUCCGCUGACAUGGAAGGUGCCGUGUUUCCUGUCGUGGACGGAUCCAAUAUAUUCAUGGAUAUGCCGACAUCUUCGGACGAUUCAGCUGGCUCACCGGAACAAAAAUCACAGGAGGGCGCGCAGGAUGGAAUGAAAAAUGGAUGCGUUACCAAUCAUAUUAACAAACUGUAUUCAAUGCAGACGUCGUAUUUCUGUGCGGAGUGA